AUUGAAAUGGUUUUCGAAUUGAGUUUUCAACUCACUUGCAUACACCUGGAACGCCCCAUACGGUGUCAAAGUCUUCUCAAAUCGAAUGAAUCAAAAAAAAUCUUUUGGUUUUUAUCUGUGAUUUUGUCAAAAAUGAAGGAUAUAAAUAAUAAUGAUUAUUAUAAAGCAGAUUUGAACGAUUUCAAGGAAAUCAAAGUACCGGUUCCGUGGGGUUACAUUUGCGGAAAAUGGUGGGGUUCCACAAACGUACAACCAAUCAUCGGCAUCCACGGUUGGCAAGAUAAUAGCGGCACUUUCGACACCGUAGCUCCGUACAUAAUAGAACGAGGCCAUUCUUUCUUCUGUAUCGACCUACCAGGACACGGAUUUUCUUCUCACAUCCCCAAAGGUCUCGUGUACAAUCUUUCUUACGACGGUGUGUAUUACGUACGUAGAAUCGUCAAAUAUUUCGAUUGGAAAAAAAUUAUUCUAAUAGGACAUUCGUUAGGAGGAGGUAUAUCGUUCUUAUACGCCUCCACUUACCCGAAUGACGUCAUUAAAUUUAUUAGUAUCGAUAAUUGUGGUCCUUGCCUUAGGAGUACACAGCCAAUGUUAGCAAUCGCUAAAAAUAACAUCGAUAACCUAUUCGAAUACGAAAAAAAAGAUUUCGAUAAUAUUCUCUGUUACGAAUAUGACGAAAUGUUGGAUAUUAUGAUAGACGGUCAUCACGGUUCCGUAUACGAGGAGGGGUGUAAAAUUUUACUUAAAAGAGGCAUGAAACCGUCGACUCAUAAAGAUAACUGUUACGUAUUCACUAGAGAUCCGAGAUUAAAGAUUAACGCUUUCGCUUUCUUUACAUUAGAGAAAGUUUUACAUUUGGCGUCUAGGAUAACUUGCGAAGUAUUAAAUAUCAGAGCUAAAGGAGGUAAUCAAACGGAUCCUAAAGAAAAUUACGAUAUAAUAAUGAGUGCUAUUGAAAAAUCUGCAAAACGAUUUGAGAGGGUUCUUAUCGAAGGUACACAUCAUGUACAUUUGAACGAUGCUGACGUUGUUGGUCCAAUAAUUGUGAAUUUUUUAUCAGAUGCAUAUUAGACAGAUCUAUGAUUGUUGACACUUUAGUUUUUGAUGAUAAAAAAGAAGAAGUAAGGUUAGAAGUUUUACAGUGUGCUGCACUAGUUAAUUUUUAAUCAACGUAAUAAAAUGUUUUCGUAAUAAUAAAUGAGAGUUUAGAACGUGUUAUUUUACCGAAAAAAGACAAAAUACAUAAAUAGCUACAGUUUCUAAUACCAAAUUUUUGUUAGAAAAUUAUUUAAAUCAAAUAUUUUAUUCUAAUUUUGUAUAUAACAUUAUGUAUACUUAGUAACAAAAUCCAACAGCUUAGAUUGUAAAUAUUUUGAAUGAUUUGAUGUUUGUAAAAAAAUAAAACUGAAUAAAUCAUAUUUUUACUCACA